CCCCGCGCUGUGACACUGAAGCGCCGCAGCAGGUGCCGGGUGCUGGGCCCAGGCUGUGCCUCCCACCCUGCAGCCCAGAGCCAGGCUCCUGCACAGACCUGCCACCACUGAUCCCAACGGGAAAGGAAACGCCGCUGGAGACACCAUGAAACAACGCCCAAAAUUAGGCAAAUAAACAUUCUAUGCUGCAAUGACACUGCCUGAUAAGCAAUGGACCUGCAAUGUAAAAUUAAUAGAUGCUCAGGAGCUGGAAGGAACAUUUGUUUCAACCGAGAGAAUCUGAAACUAUUUCCUUAGCGCGAGUGCAUCUCAAUUCACGUUGGCCAGGCUGGAGUUCAGAUAGGAAAUGCCUGCUGGGAACUCUUCUGCCUGGAGCACGGCAUUCAGCCAGACGGCACCUUCAAGGAUCUGCAAGACAAACUCAAGUGUGAUGACUCUUUUACCACAUUUUUCAACGAAACAGCCACUGGGAAGCACGUGCCACGGGCUGUAAUGGUGGAUUUGGAACCAACUGUAGUAGAUGAAGUGCGGGCUGGCACCUUCCGGGAACUUUUUCAUCCAGAACAGCUGAUCACUGGAAAGGAAGAUGCAGCCAAUAACUAUGCCCGUGGCCACUACACCAUUGGCAAAGAAAGCAUUGAUGUGGUGCUUGAUCGUGUCCGUAAGCUGACUGAUGCCUGUUCUGGGCUGCAAGGAUUCCUGAUCUUCCACAGCUUUGGUGGGGGUACUGGCUCUGGCUUUACCUCCUUACUGAUGGAACGCCUCUCUGUGGAUUACGGAAAGAAGUCCAAACUGGAGUUUGCCAUCUACCCAGCUCCUCAGGUCUCCACCGCAGUGGUGGAACCCUACAAUUCCAUCCUGACCACGCACACCACCCUGGAGCAUUCGGACUGUGCCUUCAUGGUGGAUAACGAGGCCAUCUACGACAUCUGCCGCCGGAACCUGGGCAUCGAGCGCCCCACCUACACCAACCUCAACCGCCUCAUCAGCCAGAUCGUCUCCUCCAUCACCGCCUCGCUGCGCUUCGACGGGGCCCUCAACGUGGACCUCACGGAGUUCCAGACAAACCUGGUGCCCUACCCACGCAUCCACUUCCCCUUAGUGACCUACGCCCCCAUCAUCUCCUCCGACAGGGCGCACCACGAGCAGCUCUCGGUGGCUGAAAUCACCAACGCCUGCUUCGAGCCCAACAACCAGAUGGUGAAGUGCGACCCGAGGCACGGGAAGUACAUGGCCUGCUGCAUGCUCUACAGGGGGGACGUGGUACCCAAAGAGGUCAACGUAGCAAUCGCUGCCAUCAAGACCAAGAGAACCAUCCAGUUUGUCGACUGGUGCCCAACAGGCUUCAAGGUUGGGAUCAACUAUCAGCCUCCCACAGUAGUUCCUGGUGGAGACCUAGCCCAAGUUCAGCGAGCGGUCUGCAUGCUGAGCAACACCACGGCCAUUGCCGAGGCUUGGGCCAGGCUCGACCACAAGUUUGACCUGAUGUACGCCAAGAGAGCUUUUGUGCACUGGUACGUGGGUGAAGGCAUGGAGGAGGGAGAAUUUGCAGAGGCCCGAGAGGACCUGGCUGCCCUGGAAAAGGACUAUGAAGAAGUGGGAACUGACUCAUUCGAAGAAGAAAAUGAUGGGGAGUAAUUUUAAAAUACACUUUGUUUCUAGGAAACAAAGCACAGAA